GUGCAAGUGAGAGUAUGAAAUGCUUUUCAAAAUUGUUUUGUUUGUGUUGCAAAUUUGGAAGGCCCUCCAUUGGCAGAGGAUACUCAGAACAACGAAGAGAUUUCCUGCUUCCCCAUCGUCAGUGAAUUUUCCAAUAAUUGUGAAGAAGAGAACAGUUCAGACAGGAGUGGAGAGACCGAGCUGAUUUGAUCGCCGUUACCUCUCGAAUCACCAGCUGCUCCGUAUAUCACCAGCUUUGUAGUCGACGAAAAGAAACACGCUGUUUAGCUGAGCAGCGAUGGACGUCCGUCAGUUGCCCGUGAACAUAGGCUACCUGAAUCACGCCGGCAUCGCACUGAGCGCAGAGGAGCGCACUUGUCUGCAGGCCGGCUUCGACGCGUGUCGCUUCAAGGAGGGGUUCCACACGCUGAAGUUCUGGGGCAUCAUACACGGUAUCAACGCCAAGUAUUACAUUGUGCAGGGACUCCAGGAGGACCCAUUGAAGCCCCGGAUUACACUAUACAGCAAAGACUACGCCCAUUGGGCGCGGUUGCCAAGCGUCACGGACGAGAUGAGGAGAAAGACGAGGCAUGUGCGUGGGCGCUUCACCGGGGAUCCGUCGUUUGACUUUGAAUACUGCUACAGAAAACCAAACUUCAAAGCAAACGAUGAAGAUGAACACGGCAACGAUGUUCUGACCGAGCGUACCUCCCUGAAGGAGGAGGAACGAUUAGCGGCCACCGUUGAACUGAUCAACCAUGAAGUGGAGGUGAUGCCGCGGGGCUACCUGAGAAAGUCUGCAAAGGACGAGGUCAAGCCUAAUCCCAUGUGGCAGGGCCUGAGCUUGGAGGAAGCGCUGCUGCGCAGCAACUACUAUCACGCCAACCCCAAGAGGAUGCGCAAGCUGACCGCCAUGGUGCCGCCGCGCAACGUACCCGCCAUCGACUUCCUGGAGUCGAUCGAGGACGCCCACUCCAAGCCCUGGUGGUUGGUACGGGGUUAUCGGGGCUCGACGGUCGUGACUCUACGUAGCCUGCUCUGGGAGGGCUACACGUUCUUCAUGGUGCCCGACUCGCGCACCUUUGGCUCAUUCUACUCCGGCUAUGGUGAGAGAAAUCUGGAUGUUGUGCACAUGCUGCCGUGCCCUGUCGCUAUCGAUGCAGAGUAGGCUAUCAUCUUGCUACGGAUGGCAGCAUGCCUACUUUCCAGCACCCGACUGACUUCUGCCGCUGCUGUAGGUGACGAAUAGAGCAUGCUGUGCUGGGCAGGCGUGUAACUGUUAGUGAGUUGUCUCGGCUUGCCGUGUCUCCGACGUACACCGGAGCAGUGAGUUUCAUACUGAGUGUCUGGCCAUGGAGAGGUUCAUUCUGUGCAUUGGCUAGUGCUGGACCCUCUACAGCCAGCCCCAGCAGUACUUAACACCAGCAGUAUGUAAUAUGUGACAAGUGAAAGCCAAAGAUACUAUUCUAGUAUAGGAUAAAUAUCUGACAAGUGAUCACCAAAUAUACCAGUGUACUGGAUAAAUAACUCUAUGACCUGUUUGCGGUGUAUGCUACAGCUUGACAUGCAGCACAACCACCCGUCAUGCUCAUAAACGCGCACACACAGACACGAACACGAACACACACACACACACACGCACACACACGCACACACACACACACAUGGACACUACACUUGACGGCUCUUGCUGGAUGUGCCUAUAAGGGCGAGUCUUAGAAAUUUGAUUACUAUAAUUUUACUCAAUGUGAUUGCUAACACAAGUGAACAUGGUGGUGUUUGUUUUGAGCUAUUCAUGCCAGUUAUGUCUACUGUGAUCUGCAAUGGACUGGAUUUAGCAUCUGUUUUUCUUGUGACUUGGAACAAAGUGAAAUUUUGUUAGUGUGCUAUUUGGAUAUUUCCGAUGUAGUGUA